GAGUGACUGCCACAUUCCCAGGUGGCAUGUGAUGACAGGUCCAUCUGGGCACGCCUGUUGUCAAAAACAAACAGACCCCCUGCAUAGCGAGGGUCAAGGUCAAAGCUGGGACCGUCCCACCCAGACAAGACCUCAGCUCAGCCAGAAGUCUCAGGAGGCUUCAGAGGGACCUGAUGUACGUGGACUAAGGACUCGCUGUUCACAUCAUCAAGGCUCUCCAGAAGGGGGCAGCAUAAGACCAAGUGUGUCUCCCAAAGUCCCAUCAGGUCCUCGAACAGUCUGCGCUGUCAGGAUCACGCCUCUAACAACCAUGAAAGGCUCUCCGGACCUGAUUCCCUCCACAGAUUUGGACCCCAGCAGAGUGUGCAAAGGGAAAGGAGUCGUGACUCUACGGGCCACCCUCGUCCACAUAGAUGAUGAGGGCUGCAUCGGCGACGAGCCAAAUGUCAUCCCAACGCCUAGUGGCUGGACAAACCAGAUUAAUGGAGACAGCUCCAAAGCAGGAUUGGCUGAGGGAGGCACCAACAUCGCAGCUGAUUUACCUCCUGUAAACAACACUCAGUGCCAGGCCAACUCGCCCGAAAGCGUCAAAGAAAAUCAGGCUCCAUCCUACACUGACAUUCAGCACUGUAUCACAUCAACUUCCAGCUCUGUUUAUCCCUGCACUAGCACAGUUAACCCCACCAUAGUCCUGCUGCAGCACAACAGAGAGCAGCAAAAGCAUCUUUCUCAUUUCGAAGACCCAACCCCAGAAAGGGACAAAAGCCCUGAUCCAGGGAGAGACUCAGUCAGUCCAGUCCCUGAUAUGGACUGGAAGAGGCUGCGGUUAUCACUGCACUCCCCUGUCCUCAGUCCUCUCAACAAGCCAAUUGUGCCUGUACGGAACACUGAAAAGUCCAAAGACUGGUACAAGACUAUGUUCAAACAGAUACACAGAAUACCUGAGCCUAUUGAGGAAAACCCUUACCGCCCCACCUACAUUUUCCCUGAGAGCUAUGACAAUCAGAUGAAAUCAAAAGAUGAUGGUCACACCCCCUUUGGUUACUUGCAAGAUGUGAAAGCAGUCCCACGCUCAAAAAGUGACGCCGAGGUCGAUUCAAGAGGCCGGUCGAUGCCUGUGCCAACACGGUCCUCUUCCCUCAAACCCUCUGCCAAAAAGAAUGAGUGGGAGCCCCCGGAUAAAAAGGUAGACACCAGGAAGUAUCGCGCCGAGCCCAAGAGCAUCUUUGAGUACGAGCCGGGGAAAUCGUCGGUGCUGAAGCUGGAGAGAACGAGUGCCCCCUCUUUCAGCCCCCUGGAAACAGCCUCCGACCUGCAGCAGUACUCCUCGAGCAAGUCUGGACACAGCGAGGUGGAGAAGGACAGUGGAUCAUCCACAGGCGAGCCCGUGGCUCCAGAAUGCGACCGCCAUGUUUACAAGAGUGUCCUGGAGGGCGGCGACAUUCCCUUACAAGGUCUACGGGCCCUAAACAAGCGCCAAGCCAGCUCCUCUUCCUCUAAAGUGGAUUAUAAAGGUGGGAAUGGCUAUAUAAUUUCACCCUGCUCCUCUGUAAAUAGUCGAUUGGUUCUUGCCAGUAAUGCAAUAGGUAACCAGUGUAAGAGUAUGAAGCCUCUAUCCGCUGCCAAAGCCUGCAUACCGCAAAUCCUGCCCUCUAAGUUCAAACCCAAGCUGCUGCCGCCCAGUGGUGACAGUCAGGAAAGCAGGACUAAAGCUGUCAGGCACCCGAAGGCCCACAGCUGUGAGGAUCUGUACACGGGGCCAUGUGACACGGACUUUGCUGAAGCAGAGGAGAGGGAGAGUGGGCAACAUUCAGGCUCCAAGUCCAGCUGUGGCACAGAGUGUGCAGACGGCCUCAGGAAUGUUUCCCCUGCAAUUAGGAGGAGCGCAUCUGAGUUUUCCAGCCUGUACAGGACCAUGCAUCACAUCCAGCGGCCCAGCUCGGUCGGCUGCAGCCCCCAUGGCAGCGUCCGCAGCUUGGCCUCUCUUUUUGAGAAAGCAAAGGCCGACGAGGGUGAAAGGUCAGAGGAAGAUGGCGGGGGUAACAUUCCACGGGAGGCAGUGUCGUCACGGGUCAGCGAGUUUGAAAUGAUCAUCCAGCGGUCCAGUUCGACUCCCAGCCGCUCCUCUUCCCUGCCCACCCUGCACUCCAGCCAUAGCCACAGCCCCAACCACAGCCCCGCCCACCUCUACAUGGCGUCUGCAGUGUCAGCUGAGUCCCUUUUGGUAGCCGACGCCACCCAGACAGAUGCCUGCUCCCCAUUGGAGGCAGAGGGCAAGAGCUGUGGGGAGGAGGCCUUGUCACCAGUAUGUGGGACUGUGGAGGAGUCGGCCUCCUCCUCAGAGGACGGACACAAUGUCAGGACUGAGUCCCCCUGUAACACUGAGGCAGAGGUUGAGCAGAUCCUCAGUAAAAAUACCCCAGAACUGAUCCAGCAAACUGUCAGUGAAUCAAAGAGUCCCUCGGCGCAGUUUACAGCAUCCCCUCCGCAACACAACCAUAUCCACCACCACCAUCACCUCUUGCACCACCUGAACCAUCAACUCCUGCUCAAACCCAGCAAAUGCAAAGGCUCCUGUCCAGCCUCCUACACUCGCUUCACCACCAUCCUCAGGCACGAAAGGCAGCAGGCCACGACCGCACAGGAGAGGCCACCACCUGUGGAGAAGAAGACUACGCUGCCUGGGAACCUCUUCCUCAUGGGCCCUGCUCCUUUCAGGUUACGGAAGAACCAGCAGUCCCACCUAACCCGUAGGACUCUGUUAGCCACCAAGGUGACAAUGGGCACCCAGAGGCCCUGCACUUUGUCACCUGAGGUCAGACCUCUGAUCCCUCAGCGCCUGUCCUCGCUGGAGGUCCUGGAGAGGCUGAGUAACGGGGAGGAUAGCAACACUGACCACCUGAGUAACGGGCAGGGCUUGGAUGCCAACGGGAACCUACUGCAGCCGCUGGCCGCUCACCGCAGAGAAACGUCCCCAGUUCACGGGGAGAGCCAGGAUGACGUGUUGCGGAGGCGCCAUGGGGACAAAGAGAAAAUCUUGGAGGAGCAGCGGCGGCUGAAGCGGGAACAGGAAGAGGCUGACACAGCAUCGAGGCGACACACAGGCAUUGUCCCGACGCACCACCAGUUCAUCACCAACGAGCGCUUCGGAGACCUGCUCAACAUCACAGAUAACACAGAAAAGAGGAAAUCAGGCAUAGAGAGAACUCCAGCUAUGGCUCGCUUCGACUUCAGAGCGGAAACUCUAAAGGAAUUACCAUUUCAGAAGGGAGACAUUGUCUACAUCAUUCGACAGGUGGAUCAAAACUGGUAUGAAGGGGAACAUCAUGGAAGAGUUGGCAUUUUCCCUCAAAGUUACGUGGAGCUCCUUCCCCCCACAGAGAAAGCCCAGCCAAAAAAAAGUGUCCCAGUGCAGGUACUGGAGUAUGGUGAAGCUGUCGCCCGCUUUAACUUCAAUGGGGACACACUGGUGGAAAUGUCCUUCAGAAAGGGAGAGAGGAUCACGCUGAUUCGCAGAGUUGAUGAGAACUGGUAUGAAGGCAAAAUCUCAGGCACCAACCGCCAGGGCAUCUUCCCCGUCACCUACGUAGAAGUGCAGAGACGACCCCGCGUCAAAAACGGGGUGGAGUACCCCGACCCUCCUGUCAGCCAGUCGCCCCAGCGCAGCACCAAUGCUUCUCCUCAGCUGUAUCGUAAUCGCCUGACCACCUCCCCCUUGCCCCUUCCUCGCUCCCCCCGCCGCUCUGUGUCCCCCGAGGUCCACGCCAUCUCCUCUGAGUGGAUCUCCCUGACUGUGGGAGGGGGGAGCCCUCCUGCCGCCCCCACCCCUCCCCUGCCGCCGCUGCCCACCGUGUCCUACCGCUGCGGCGAGUACCUGCCCCCGCCCUUCUCUGUCAGCCCCGUGCCUCCCAUCACCGGCAGCCCAUACUGCGUCUCCCCCAUGGCUUCCCCAGCUGCUUCUCCUCUGCCCCCUCCUUACCCGCCCAGACCCAACUCAACCACUCCCUUCCUCACGUUCACCCCACCUCAGGGGGAGGACUUCCUGCUCUCCCCUCCCUCCCAACGUCUGUCACGCAGUGUGAGCCCCUGUGGCGGGCCUGUGCUGGAGGGCUGGCUGAGGGGGGAGAAGGAAUUGACAGAGGGGGAAGGCACAGAGGGGGACAGGGGCCGCGCAGCCCCGGGCAGCAGGCGAAAUAGCCCUGCAGAGUUUGUGAAGAAUGAAGCUGACCAUUAUGGACGGAGCUCCAGAAGCCCCGUGAUGCUGUAUGACAUCCAAGACAACAACAAUGUUAACUCAUUUGCGCAACCCCAGUCCCACAGCAGUAGCCCGGAGCCGAGCCGUCUCAUCUGUGGAAUCUUCCAGGCUCUGUACAGUUACGUGCCGCAGAACGAGGAUGAGCUGGAGCUGCAGGAGGGAGAUCUUGUCAGCGUCAUGGAGAAGUGCGAUGACGGCUGGUUUGUCGGUACCUCAAAGAGGACAAAACAGUUUGGGACUUUCCCUGGGAAUUACGUGAAGGAGGUGAAACUGUAAAGAUAUCUAAUCUGGCUGUAACACAUGGUUGCCUGUUAAGCUUGGGAAGUCAUUACUAUCGCGCAUGGCUGUUGGUUAGCUUAGUCAUUUAGCCAGGCAAAUCCAUUUUGUCUGGGAAAGUGAUCGUUCGUCCUGAGGUAUGUCAAACUGCAUGUAGCGGAGAUGGAGACAGCUCACUGCCCAAACCUCAGUAUGGUGUCCACCUUGACCAUAUUCUACACACUUUUUGACAGAAUUCGUCCAUCUUCACAUGUGGAAUUUCUCUGUGAAAGUCUACCACUAACUAGCUUUUAUUGUACAGAUAAUAGCUUAAUUUUGUCAAUGUAAUUUACAGUACACAAGUGUUUACGUAGCACCUCAGUCUGGAGGCCGGCAGCAGAGCAGUGUAUGGAUCGAAGAGUGGAUUUUAUUACCUGAACUGGAUUUUGACGGGAUUCAGAAUGUAUUUUUAUGUGAUGUGGGGUUCGAGCUGUUUGUCACAAGCUAUCUUUCAGGACCAGAGGUGAUUAUCACGAUUAUCUAAGUAUGAUGCAAAGCAUGCUUCUCAUGAUUCAAAGACAUUUUCAGUCCCUUAGAUGUUGCUUCUAAAAGAAAACCUUCAGGUGUUUGGAUCAACAUACCACACAUGUAUGAAAUGUGGUGGUUCAUUCUUGGACUCCGUCCAACAGACAAUUUUCCUCAGUUUAGAGUUGGGAAAAUGAGCCUUAUGUAUGAAGCUCUUUUACACACAGGUCUAACAUACCUGUUUUAUUUUCUGUUACUUUGUCUGAAUCAUCAUAAAGUCAGUAUUGGCUACUUUUGAAGAACAUGACAGCAUUCAACUCAGUGUAACCCAAAAGAUUUAGAUACCGGUUCAGUAUUGCCUUUAUUUUAAAUCCAGAGGUUGUGAUUACACAGUCAUGUGCAUGACGCUAAACACUAAAAUGUGUGCUGUUAGCUUCCCUUUUUCUCACCUACCACAUGUAAACACAUAGAGGGCACAUGGACUGUGUUGCAUGUCUGAUAAAAGUGAGGAGAAACUGUGUAUAUGCACAUUCUAUAUUUUCAGAAACCAUUUGUUUGUCCUUUUUAGAUAUCUUCUGUCAAAGUAAAAGUAAACUUUGUUUGCUGAUGGAUGUAAGGUAGCUGGUGGUAGACGCCUGGCUCCAGCGCAACCACAGGACAGGCGUGGUAGCACUUAACUUCCUGUUUGGACUUUUAGGGAGAUCCCACCUAACAAGAUAAUAGUAGAUUAAUCAGUGAUGACACAAAAAGCUAUUUAAUAUUUUAAGUAAAGCCAACAAGGUGUCUUAGGAAAUAUUAAUACUGAUUUUUAAGAGCAUAUUGAGAUUUUAACCCUGCCCUUACUGACAGGAUUGUAUGUUUUAGCCAUGUAAAUGUGUACAGAAAACAUUAAGAGGCCUUCCAAAAUAUGGCUACAUAUUUUCAUAUGUAAUGACGACAACUUAGGUAAUACAGUUAGUGGAGUGAUUGAAAUAAUAAGGUCAGCAUUAAUACUGCAUGCAAUGUAAAAGAAGAGACUGACAAAUCAAAUCAGAGCAUGAAACACUAAACACACUCCUCAAUAUUUACCACCUAUAGCUUAAAGAAAACACAAGUGAUGACAGGGUUACCAGUCUGCUGAUGGAAGAUGGCUGUGAAUUCUGCUAUCAACGCAGCUGUUGUCCUGCGAGUACAGAGUUUCAUGCACAGAUUGGAAGAUGAUAGCUUUUCUUUGCUUGUGUUUUCAUCAAAUUCCUCGUUGUCAUCAACUGCUGCACUGUGCUCACCAGUCCUUAGCAUAGCUGUCAAAUCAAAAUAGCAAAUAAUUCUUAGUGCUUGUUAUGGCCUGCUCGGACUAGCAGAUGGAUGCAGUUUGUAGGGCAACCGCUAAAGAAGUAUUUUAAAGUCAGUUUAGUUUUGCCAGGAGGAUUGACGUGGCGAGCUAUCUGAUGCCCCAAGAAGCUGGAAGCCUUUUCCCAAUCCCCACAUAUCUUAUCAAAUGGUGCCAGACUAUCAGUGGACCUGCCUUUUAGUUAACUCUUUAUGAUUGUGCAAAAAAAAUUCUGAAACAUAAUGUGAAGUAUUAGAAGAUAAAACAGUAACUCUCACUAGAUCUAAAAGAGUGUGUUUACUGUAUCUUUGUUGGUUUUUGCAUCUGAGUUUGUUAGCUACAGUUGUGCAAUGAUGAUAAACAUUGACCUAAUGGUUUGAAGCUGUAUGUGGCUACCACAUAAAUGUUAUAUGAAGUUUUAAUCAUUGAUGAAGUACAAUUAUUUACCAAAAUUCAGUAGCAAUCAGUGUCAUUGUCUCUGACGUUUGCUGUUGGAACAAAAUCAGGUGUGUCUUCUCGUGCAGAUCGCCACUGACAGUUUUGCCAACAUCAGCAAGGGAAUGUUUUCUCAAUACAAUACACUGCAUUAUGGGUUUGCCUGUAUAGCACUGAUAUAAUCUUCAGGUAUUUUGUUACACCACAGAAGCAUGUUUUUCUCUCCACUGCUGGCUAAACAUUUUUUUUCCUGUGUAACUCCAGCUCCCCACGACUGUGCUGAUAGGUUUGGGAGUCUGUUGACCUGUAGAAUUGUUUUCUUCCCUGACCGAACAAAAGGAGAGAGCUUCGCUCCGUCUCAAACACACAUGAUGGACAAAUAAACAAUCACUCAUUUAGUCAUAACACAACACACUCUAGAUUUUUAUUGUGGUCCAUAAAACAUCACAGAAUGUAUGAAUGUAUGAAUGUGGUGCGAUGCACACAUAAUAUGUAAAAAUAAAUAAAAUAAUUUUCAUCUUGAAUGAACAUGCAGACUAUUGAGCAGCAUGGCACAAGAAGGGUUGUAAAUAUGUAAAAUAAAAAAUAGACUGCGAGCGAUGGGAGCAUCAGAUUGAGCCCUCCGUCACUUGCAGUGGUUUAUUUACCUGAAGGAUUUUUGGCAAAGCACAGAGUGGAGCAUUACCGAGCACAGGAAGUUUGACGCAUAUGAACAUUACGCUGCCAUUUGUGAGGAUCAUAAUGCCUUAUGUUAGAUGCAAAAUUGUGCCUCAUUUUCAUGUAAUUUUUUGGGGGGGGAGUAUCACUGAAAUGUAUCCAUAUUUAAUGUAAACAUGGUUUUCCCCAUUAGUCCUAGUCUCUGUGAUGGGAGAACAUUUUCUAAGAACUUGUCAGUUACUGUGCAAGUACCUUAAAGUGUGACACGAUGCUUUAACUUAAUGAUUAUUAAUCAUAAGAAUGGACUAGUUUGAUGAGACGCACAACCUGCAACAGGUUCGGUUUGUUUGCUUCAAUUUGCAGUGCUGUUACAUUGACAAUAUUAAAAAUAAAGAUACUAUACACUGCUGUGACUUCGGUAUUAUGCAAUAUUUAAUAAACCAUUUAAACCAUC